UCACCACCUAUUGGCACAAGGGACAGAUUUUAACACCACGUCCUGUGUUUUUUGAUUUUGUGAUCCACUUAUUUGUAAUGUAGAUCAAACAACCACAGCACCAACAUUGGUUUCACUUUCCUGCCAACUGUAAGAAAAGCACCUUUUACUGGCACACUCACACACACACUCAUGCGGUCAGAGUGUGCACACAAAAGGGUGGAGUCGAUACAGUGGAGUGUUUUUUUCUCACCCGAGGGGAUCAGAUCUCGACUUGAUGAUCCGGGAAGGAAUCCAAAGGGAGGUUUCCAGGGAAUUACGCAGCGUCAAACCUCAGCAGGGAUGUGUUUCUGCUUCACUCUGGUGUGAAAUCAUUAUCUCCAGUGGUCUGAUUGUUAUUUGGUUAUAGAUCUAGAAGCUAGACCAGUUUAUGUUCACUCAUGGAGCGCACCGCAUUGGCCCCGCCGCGCGUCCAGCCGUCUCCUCGAGCUGUGCGUAAAAGCGCUUGGCUCCGGAGCGUCCUGCUCCAUCACCACCGACCUGAUCCCGGCGCAGAGAACGAGAUCAUAGUCCUGACUACCGGAAUAGACCAGUACCUGCAGGAGGUCUUCCACCACCUGGCUUACACCAACCAGGACGACACGGUGUCGGCGGAGGACUUCACCUCGCUGUGCUCCGUGUUGGGACUCAAGAGAACCGGAGGAGAUGAUGAGGAGGAUGAAGAGUUUAUGGAUGUGUGCUCCUCGCUGCCAGACCAGCUGUCCUUUAAAGACUUCCACUCGCGGCUCUGCGGGUAUUUCCGUAUGCGCAGCGUGCGUAAAGGCACCGGAGAGAGUUCUCCAUGGCGCCUCCCGGUUACCGAGGACACCGAGCUGGUGGAGCGACAGAUCCGGCUCCGGUGGCCGCGGAUCAGACGGAGGAAAUGUGUGAGUUUUGAUCUGGAGAGGAACCGGAAUGGACCCGGUAACCGGAUGAAUAAAGGUCGAACCGCAGAGGACCGAGAGUCAGAUGAGGUAUCAGCUCUGAGGGAGCUGGUGGAGGACCUCCGCUCGGCGCUGCAGGGUAGCGACGCUCGCUGCCUGGCCCUGGAGGUGGCCCUCUGUCGGGAGAGGAGCCGCACCGUCCCCUCCGGUCCUCUGUCCAGCUCCACCGCCACAGUCUCAUCUCCCACAACGUCCAUCACCCUCGUACAGGGCAAACUGGUACCAACACACAGAAUCAAAGGUGCUGGAGGGGACGCGGCGAGGAGGUUGGCGAGGAGGCGGGACAUAAGGGACCCCCUUGUGAGGGAGCUGAAGCUGAUCCGCUCCGCCCGCGAUGGGCAGCUGGAGGAGGCCAUGAGAUUCAACGAGCGUCUGGAGGAGGAGCUGCGGUGGGCGUACCAGGAGGUGCGUAAGUUCCACGUGGUGGAGUCAGCCCUGAGGAAGGAGAACGCUCAGAUCAGGAGGCGGGCGGAGGAGGCCAGGGAGGCUCUGAGUCUGGGGCUUCAGAGGGUCCGGAUGAUCCAGGAGCAGGCUCAGUCUGUACCGCAGCUCCAGUCCAGGAUCACCCAGCUGGAGGCUGAACUGCACCAGUACAGAUCCUGCUGCACCUGCAUCCCUGACCCCGCCCAUCAACAGAUUUACCCAGUUGGAGCAGCAGACGCUUGUAGCAAGACAGAGUGUCUGCAGAGAGCGGUGGAAGGGAGAGCUGCCUCUGAUGAAGAGGAGGAGGAGGACAGAGGGACGAGGGAGGAAGGACAGUGCUGCCUGUUGGAGGUGAAGAAGCACCGACUGCACGGCUGUGGCAAAGGAUGUCAGAACCAUGUGGUCCAUCGGAGUCACCUGCACGAUACAAAGCUCAUCAGCUCUUUAAAGGACAGCAGGGGGCGCUGCAGCCUGAAGGGACAAAACCAGGAGCAGCCGGAUGGAAGCAGAGAAAAAGAAAAGAGGCCCGAGGAAGAGGAGGACAAGACGAAGCUGGAGGAGAAACUCACCGACGCUCUCACACUGCUGCUGCAGUUACGCAACAAGAACGUGUCCCGUAGGUUCCUGUGGAAGAUCGUGAUGGACACUCUGGACGUGUGCAGCCGGAGUGGAGACGGUCCUUCUCAGGUGCUGCAGGUAGCUGACGCCCUCUGCGUCCGGCUGUCCUCCCGGGAUCUCCAUGGAAACGGAGGAGAUGAUGAAGAGAAACCGCUGGUUCCGUCUUCAGGGUGUCAAACCAGCGGCGUCAACCCGCUGCUCAUCUCCUGUUAGAUAAGCUCCUACUGUGGUGCUCAUCCUUUCCCCUCUCGUUUAUCUUUGCACCCAUGUAAGAUGUAUUUAAAGAUUCAUUUUAUUCACUUUUUAUGUGUUUUAUUUUGUAUCUAUUUAAUGCCAAUGAUUAAAUAUUUUUAUCCGAA